AUGUAUAUCGGUUUGAAUCUUACAACGGCUAGCAGUUUCCAAAUGUUGAGAGGAGCUGUUAUUGUCUUCACUGGUCUGCUCUCCGUUGGAUUGCUGGGAGCACGCAUUCAGGGUUUCAAAUGGAUUGGAAUGGUCUUUGUUAUCUUGGGAUUGGCCGUCGUGGGAGUGACUGACAUUCUCUACGAUGAUGAUCCUCUCGACGACAAGAACGCUAUAAUUACUGGUACUUCAGUCGAGCUAUUUUUAAAUUUAGUCUUGUCCAGUAUUUCACAAAUUUACUGUUAG